UUUAUUAACUGAGGGCGGGACAUUCAGAAGCACAUAUAUAGGGUCCGAACUCAGCAGUAAAAGUUGUACAGGAACACUUUCCCAGUAGAGGCAGUCUGCCUUUCAUCAUCAUCAUCAAAUUAAAACACCCUUUAUUCAUCAUCUUCAAACUAUCCUAAGACAUGGGAAGACAGAAGGUGAUUCUGGAAAAGAUGGCUCGGAUCUUUCAUGUUCGGAAUGUGCUGAUACGACAGGCACUGGCAGAAUGCCUGGGCACUCUCAUUCUAGUGAUGUUUGGAUGUGGUGCUGUCGCCCAGUUGAUUCUAAGUGGAGGCUCUCAUGGAAUGUUUCUGACGGUGAAUUUCGCUUUUGGGUUCGCUGCUACAUUGGGAAUCCUAGUUUGUGGGCAAGUUUCAGGAGGUCACAUAAACCCUACUGUAACAUUUUCCCUUUGCUUGUUGGGGAGAGAGCCCUGGAGGAAAUUUCCCGUGUUCUUCCUGGCCCAGACUCUAGGGGCUUUUCUUGGCUCAGGAAUAAUAUUUGGCAUGUAUAUUGAUGCAAUUUGGGACUAUGGACAAGGUUCUCUAGUCGUUGUAGGGGAUAAUGCAACGGCGGGAAUCUUUGCUACAUACCCUUCUAAACACCUUACUUUGCUCAAUGGCUUCUUUGAUCAGAUGAUUGGCACGGCAGCUCUCAUAGUUUGUAUCCUCGCCAUUGUCGACCCUUACAAUAACCCCAUCCCACAAGGACUGGAGGCCUUCACUGUGGGCUUUGUAGUUCUGGUGAUUGGUCAGUCCAUGGGUUUUAACUCAGGUUAUGCUGUAAACCCAGCCAGAGACUUGGGACCUCGGCUUUUCACCGCACUUGCUGGAUGGGGCUCAGAGGUGUUCUCAGCAAACUCUUACUGGUCCUUUGUGCCCAUCUUUGCCCCAUUCAUUGGUGCCAUGUUGGGUGUGAUGGUGUAUCAGCUGAUGGUGGGAUACCAUGUGGAAGGAGAAGCAAGGGAUAAAAGGGAAGCAGAGGAAAGAGAAGAGAAGGAAAGACUGAAACUCUCUUCUGUUUCUGAGAAGGAGACAGCGUAAAUCUGGGACCAAAUGGAGUUGAUUUUUCCACAGCUCUGUUCAGCUUCUAAAAUCAAAUUUAGCUCUCAUGACAAUAUAGUAGCAAAUUGUGUAUCUUGUACCCACAUUAAAUCAUAACUUUUGACAGUCACCAGACGGCUGUUCCCUUGACAUCAUGAUUAGACACACAGUAAUUAGUUGUAUUUUUUUGUACUGUGUGUGUGGAAUUAUUUGAUGUCCAAACAAUUUAAUUGAUGUAUCAUUUUACUCUAAUUAUCCUGACCAGGGCCUCUGUUUUAUACAUAAACUUACUAGUUAUUCUUUUCAGUUUAUUCCAAAAAUGCCCAAUCAUAGCCACAUUAAUUCAUACAAUCUGCUAACAAGAGAGUUAUUGUCACCCGUUCAUUUAUCACUAAUGCUUAUAUCUGCAUAAUGAAUAAUUAUGAAUAAAGGAUAUGAUUUAUGAAAACCUUCACCCUUAUGAAUACGGCAUCAAAGUCAUAAAAGUACCUGUUUCACUAAUAUUCCAACAUCAUUAUAAGUGAAUAUUAAUGAGUGCUGUAAUUAUGCAGUGAGAAAUCCAGUUCUAUUUACAUUAUGUUGCCUUUUUGGAAACUUUUUUUUUUUUUUUUGCAAGUAUAUGUUUGAUAUAUUAUGUGCCUAUUUCUGUUGGGAAAAUGACUGAGUUUACACUGACUAUGCAUAUAAUAAAUAUUGUUUUCAUUUAUAUUACGCUCGUCAAAAAUAAACUGCAUUUUUGGUAAGGGAUUAGGAUUCUGAUGGAUCUGUAUAUGUGUAGUAUUUAUAUAUAUGAGACAUAUCAAGCACAAAAUUAAUUUUGAAAUGAUCUGGUCAUUUAACUGAAAGGAAUGCCUUUGUUGUCCAUUCAUGUAUUUGCUCAGUAUAUAUUAACAGGGUUUCUAAAGGAGAAACAAUGUGUCUUUGCUGUUUAAUAACUUUGCAGAUUAAUGCAAGUAUAGAUUUGUGCAAAGUUUGCAGUCACAUUUUGGAACAAACCAAGAAGCAUCUGUCCACAAAUAGGCAUAUGCCAAACCUCUGUUCUGUUUUUCUGCAAUUAUAACUGAGUAGGCAUAAAACUCUGCCUAUGAAGCACUUUCAGAUGGGUUCAACUCAAAUUUCACCUAUUGGAGAAAGAAGAGAAAUAUGUAAUUUCUUGAUGUACACUGAAUGAAAUAUUUUUUUAGCCUGCAGAGGAGGGUAUCUGCCAUAUCACAAAAUUAUAUUUACCUAAACAAAACUUUGCUUAAAACAUAAUUUAAGCAUUCAAUACAAGUGCUUUUGAUAUGUCAACUUCAUUGGUGUAGUAGAUGUUGCAACCUAAUAAAAGUUAAGCCAAUACAUUCUUAGGUAUAUCACGUCUUUUAUGCAUUGAUCACAACUCACUCUCAUGUAAAUCUUCCAAAUGGAAAGGAAAGACUGCAGUGCCUGUUUAGCUCAGUGAAGGGGAAAAUAGAGAAUGAAAAUAAGAGAUGUGUUUAUUGGCAUGAGUUGGACGGAGAUAACCAAGACCAUGAAUCUUAAAUCAGUGAGCACACACAGAGUCGGUUCGUAGGUUUGUAGAAAAUAAAUGCAGAGGUUAAAAUGAAUGUUUGUGGAAAUGAGUUUGGGAAUUUGGGAUGAGAUUUGAGGCAAGCUAAUCGAGGCUUUUGAAACCAUUUAUCCAAUUUUCUUGUCGUCUUUGGAUUUCUGGGUUCGGAACAGCAUAGGCUCCAUCCACAAAUGUACAAAAUUCUUGAGGUUUUUCAGAUGUUGAAAUGCAAGUAAUUCUUCCACAUUUCACACAUAUACAUUUCACCACACUUCAUAAAUGGGGCUUGAGAAAGUCCACAGUAUGAGAAUUUAUUAAAUAUGAUUUAGUUUAAUUCAUCAGUCAUUUUUUAAAACAUUCUAUUAUAGCCUGUGUAUCAAAACACAUGAAAUAUCUGUGAAUAUUAUCUUUCUUGAGUUUGAGUGAGGUUCCCAUGACAACUGUUGUUCCUGUUGAUUGCAUUACUCAUCCACGUCAAGAACACAAGACAAU